GUCGGCAACAUCCCCUAUGACUAUACCGAAGAACAGCUCAUUGAUAUAUUCAAGCAAAUCGGGCCAGUGAGCAAUUUCAAGCUAGUGUUUGACAAUGCAACUGGGCGCUGUAAAGGCUAUGGUUUUUGCGAAUUUCUUGACGCUUCAUCAGCCCAGUCUGCCGUCAGGAAUCUCGAUGGAUAUGAUAUAGGAAAUCGGCAAAUCAGAGUCGCUUACAGUGAUCACGGAGGCGGCGGCGGCGGCGGAGGAGGCGGAGGAGGACUCACAGCAGAAGAUGCUAUUUCCAAGACUCUACAAGCAAUCCCACCCAUGCAACUCCUUGAUAUUGUGACACAAUUCAAGCAGCUUGCCACUGGAAAUCCCGCCCAAGCAGAACAUCUGCUUCAACAAUCGCCACAGCUGUCCUAUGCUGUGCUACAAGCUUUGCUCCUCAUGAAUCUCGUUGAUGCAGGUGUCUUGACGCGCGUGAUUGCUGGUGGUCCUGGCGUACCUCCACCCGCCACGUCAACGCCUGUCCAGCAAGUACCUGUUGCUGCUCAAGCAGAUCCACGGCUUGCGAGAACAUCUGCACCACCACUUGCACAGACACACUCGCCUGCACCUGCAGGAGCCGCAGCAUCACGGCCACAAACAGCAUCACCAGCGAUGCCUGUCCAAGCUGGACCUAUCGAUCCACAAAAGGAGUAUCUGGCUCGUCAAAUUAUGAGCAUGACGGAUGCGCAAAUUCAAGCCUUUCCAGCAGAUCAAAGGACACAAAUUUUGUUUGUCAGGAAGCAAAUACAAGAUGGUACUUUUUCUAUGGCUGCUUGA